UAGACGAGGAAAGUAUUAUGAAGGGAGGGGGCUACGGUACGGACAGAGGUAGGAUGCAGAGCCUUUACAAAUCAGAUAUCAAUCUGGAGGCAGCGAGUGCACUGCUCCGAGACACCAUAAUAACUCGCUUCAAAGGCUAGAGUGGUGCUUUUUGGAUCAUACAGUAAUUCAACCUGAAGGCAAUUAAAAUCAACUUUAAAAUGUUGAGCUGGCUGUAAAGUGCGUAGUGCAACUGCACCACCAGACAGCAGAUAGAGGCCCUGGAUCUGUUUUGUGAUGUGAUCGAGGGCUGCGCCAACAUGCGCUUUUGCGCACGAUGGAGUACCUUUUACGCGAGCAGAAUAAUUGGAUGCAAAAUCUUUCCUGCAGCAACUCAAGUCUAGGAAAUGAAAAUCAUUCAGGAAACACCACAGUGAACGCUUUGAAACGAAAUGAAGAAGUGGCCAAAGUGGAAGUUACCGUCCUGGUAUUGGAACUGUUGCUCGCUCUGACCGGCAACUUGUGCGUCCUGUGGGCCAUCCACACCACGAAACACAGCCAGUCUCGGAUGUAUUACUUCAUGAAACAUCUCAGUAUCGCAGACCUUGUUGUUGCUAUCUUUCAGGUCUUACCGCAGCUUAUUUGGGAUAUCACAUUUCGCUUCUACGGCCCGGAUUUGCUCUGCAGAUUAGUCAAAUACCUCCAGGUUGUGGGUAUGUUUGCAUCUACCUACAUGCUUGUCCUGAUGUCCAUCGACAGGUGCUUAGCAAUCUGCCAGCCACUCCGCUCCGUGCACAGGAGAAAAGAUCGCUCAUGUGUGAUCGCCUCUUGGAUGCUCAGCCUGAUAUUCAGCACUCCUCAAGCGUACAUAUUUUCCUUGAGGGAUGUCGGGGACGGUGUGAAUGACUGCUGGGCAGACUUUAUACAGCCAUGGGGGGGCAAAGCAUACAUCACAUGGAUGAGUCUCAGUAUUUACAUUUUCCCAGUGGCAAUUUUAAGCAUAUGCUAUAGCCUGAUAUGUUUUAAAAUAUGGCAGAAUUUCAAUUUAAAAACCAGAAAGGAUCAUUUCCCGGCUCUAACUCAAAGGCCCUCCAAAGGAGCUCAUCCCCUCUGCCGUGUGAGCAGUGUGAGGCUUAUUUCAAAAGCGAAGAUCCGCACAGUGAAAAUGACAUUUGUAGUGGUCCUUGCCUACAUCGUGUGCUGGACCCCCUUCUUCUUUGUCCAGAUGUGGUCUGCAUGGGAUCCUGCUGCACCACAAGAAGAUGUGGCCUUCAUCAUCGCCAUGUUGUUGGCCAGUCUCAACAGCUGCUGUAACCCCUGGAUCUACAUGUUCUUUGCUGGCCACCUGUUCCAGGACCUGAAGCAGUGCUUCUUCUGCUGCUGUGGACAUUACCUGACAGCCUCCUCCUGCAGCUGUGAAGGACAGUGCCGGCACAAGAGCAACUCUUACGCCAUGAAGAACACCAGCAGCCAGAGGAGCCUCACACACACAUCCAGCACAGGGGGACACUGAGGGGCCAGCUGAAAGCCAUCCAGGCUUCCUGUAAUCCAGCAAUCUGGCAACAUUGCGAGUCCCUCAUUUCUAGAAUGUAAUCAUCCUCAGCUGCACUUCAGUGGCCAUUACACCAUUUUGUUUAUUGAGUUAAACAGACAAUACAAACCUCCUGUGCGCACAAUCCUCUACUCCCAGUUGUUUGUUGUUCUCUCCUUGAAUCCUCAUGUCUGGUUCUUGUAGUUGAUGUACUGAAUUGACCUUGACAAGCAAGGAAUUAUCACAACAAUUAUCUUGAUGUUUCACAGGCUUCAAACCAAUCCAUUUGAACGGCAUUUUAAGAAAUUAGGGCAGAUUAUAAAAAUGUUAAGCCUUUCAAAGCAGUAUCUCUUUGUGAACAAUAAUUUUAUAGUGAUAUUAUUAUAUGUUAUGGGUUGUUGCACCGAAUGUUGAUAUGCAUGAAUGAUAAUAAGGUAAUUAAGAUAAUACCUACUCUCAAGGCAUGGCUUAAUUUAAAUAUCUUCAUUGCAGCAACACAAAAAAGACCCAUCAUCAAAGCAAAAUACACAAGGAAUGUAUUUCACAACAUACUGUAGAGGCUGCUUUCAAUGUUUUCAGCAAUCUCCUGUGCUUCAGAUCAAACAGUGUUUGUCCUUUAUGAUGUAAUAUGAAAUUCACUUGUCUGCACGUUUCUUUUAUCAACUCCAUCUCUUGUUUUUCAGGUGGUUAGCGUUUUAGGGUAAUGAGUGUACCUGAGCUUUUGAGCACACAGCAUAUUUAAUCUAGUUUAGAUCAAACUAGAAUAAUGGUUCCCCCUUGUGGCAGCACAGAUUUUCAAACAAAUUAUGUUUCUUUUGCCAUACCAACUGUAGGCUGAAUAUAUGGAACAUGUCAGUAUCUGGAUCAGAUAGUAAGCAUUCUUGACUUAUUAGGUAUGUUUCAAAAUGUAAUUCUCUUUAUAUAGCUUGGAAGGAUGUCAAACAAAACAUGUGGUUCCGGGCAGUAUCCACAGGGAGCAGCUUUAGGUGAAAUAUGCCAGGGGAACUCCAUAACAAGAGUAUAACACAUGGCUAAACAUGCUUACAUCUGUUUGUCAUGGUAUAUGGGAGACAUUGUAAGUGUUUGAGUGCAAUGAAACACUCAUAUUGUACCGACAACAUUAUUUUGUAGGGGAAUAUCAAUUGAUCUUAUUAUUUUCUUCAAGCAAAAUGUGUAAUGUGUGACGGUGACCUUAGGUUUAGCAAAAUACUUUAUACUUUACAAUCUGUUGGGCAUGGAAGUCAAAUGAUGUUGUCAAUGAGCUAAUGAUAGACAUAACAUAUCUGAGGCCCUUUCUUGACAUAUGGACAUAAAGCUGACUUAAUUCACUUGACAAUAAAAAAAGAUUUGAAAAACAGUAUGAAAGGUUGUUUAGCAUCUUUA